AUGUUAAACAAAGAAGACAAUUUUUAUCCUACCAAUAAAAUAGAAGAAUCCCUACAGUCAAAAAUCGCCAGAGACAUGCAAAUAAUUAAAAGGGAGAUAAGAGAGGCCCUCAGCAGCCCGGCAAAGUUGCGCUAUCUCGUUGAUUUUGAGCACGGGGCUGUGGCUUAUAAUCCUCCAAAAAUUUUCAAAAAAAUUGUGAUACAGAAGAAGUGGAGUUUGAAAGAGUGUGCGAGGAGAAGUGAGGAGUAUUACAGAGAAAUUGUAAAUUUACCGAUAAAGUUCGUGCUUGUCGGAUCGGACAAGGUGGUGUUUACGGAGGAAUGGAUAUACGCGAUUGAGGAACGCAGGAAUUUGAAGUUGCUGAGGAAGAUAAAUUUUUAUAGAGCAAAGUUGUUCAGAGAGGAAGACGAGAAUACGGGCAGAGAGGACGUGGUGAUGAAUGGAGGGUGGAGGAACUGUGACUACGAAAAAAAAAUGCUGGAUGGACUGGCUGGGACCGACCGUGCGAUCACAAUGAGCGAUCAGCCAGGAAUUACCGCCUUAGAGGGCUUUAGAACGGCAACCGAUGAGAACAUGGACACGAACCAGCUCAUACACUCUCAGCGAGUGCUCGCUCGUAAGCUUGCACACGAAGCGAAAGAGUUCAUCCAGAGGAACACGCUUUAUGAGGACGAUGAAAUACGAAUUUUGGAUUUCCAAAACACCUACACAUACCAGAAGGAGAUGCCCAAGGAGCCACCGAAGGAGACCAUUGAUCACACCAAGGUGUUUGAGCUCAUGAAAAGCGAAAAUUCAAAAACAAAUUUCAAAAUUCCAAAUAUUAAGAAGAAGGGCACGUGCCACUCAUCACAUGCAGCCGCUCUUUCGAAGAUUCCGUAUGACCUGGGCAGAAUGGCCACGCCGACCGAAAUUUUGAGCUAUAAAACGAUGAGAAGCAGUAACAAUAUACGACAACAAUAGAAAUGUGUGACAGAAUGUUAAUAGAGGAUGAGCAGAUACAAUUUAUAGAGCAUAGGCAAAUAAAUUAUUUUUGGGGGUUGUAACACGUGGUUGAGCUGGUGGUUGUUUUGUAAUAUACUCAAGGUUUGAGAGACCGUGUCAGUUGCAUAUGCAGUGAAUAAACGUGAUUGUAAGAAACGUGCUCUUGGAUCGAGAAUUGCUUUUGUAGCUGUACAUGAGCAUUUUACUCGGCAUUGUC